AUGCAUCAUCGGCAAUGCAGUGCUGCCAUGGCAACAAGACCAGCCUCGUACAGCAACCAGCCCCUCCCGAUCCCAGGAACACCUCAAUUUGACUGGGACCGUCUCCAGUCAAGCUCCCACCCUGCUCCAAGAAGUGACAAUCUGAUCACAUCACAGAAGCAGAAGGAGGUUACGAGCCUCGUCGCCAACUACGGUGACGGGUCACUCCCAGCUUCAGCUCCUAGGAAUGCUUCCUUUCGCAAUUCCUCGGUUUGCGACUUGCCUUCAUUUCCAUCUCAGGGGCAAGGAGCAAAGAUGCGGGAUAAGAUAUCAUCAGAUGAGGAAGUAGGAAUACCUAAUGCAGAUCCUCUGACGUCGAUCUCACGUGGCGAUGGCAAGCCUCACGAAGAGGGAAGAGAAAGUGGAGACCAUGGUUGUGGUUGGGAAUCGAUCUCAGUUCCAGUGUCUCCAUCUCCAUCUCAUCAAUCUGUCUCCUCCUCAUCCAAGAAUUCCUCUCCGUCUCAGAAUGUAGGAUCAGAGACGGAUGUUGAAGACUUCAUCUACAAUGUUGAUGGAGAAAGCUCAUCGGUAUCAUCUAUGAGCGAUUCUUCAUGGGCAAUGCCAAAUUCAGAAGCUGAUGUGGAUGUUGACUCUUUUGAUGAGAAGACAAUUGCAGACAAAAGCAGACAAAGGUUUACAGAAUUACCACCGCUUCGUCAGCAGCGACUCGCUCUCAAGAUGGCCCCGGCAUUUGCUUUAAAAACAUCUUAUCCGGAGGACUUUGCUCAUUGGCUGACGGUUGUGCUGAGUUGUAUUGAGCGAAGGGAUGUGAUGCGACGGAUGCAACUUGUUUCCAACUACAAGACACCGUUCACAAGAAAGGAGGCUUGGGAAAUUCAUGCCAACGCCGCAAAAGCCAAAGACAUAAUGCGUCAAUUGAACCAAAUCAUCUCAUUAUCGACAAAGGACGAAGAGUCGAGUAUUGAGAGUUUGCAAUUAGCCUCUCCUGCAAAUCCUGUCAAGAAAGACUCAGAAAUCGAGGGGGACAGAAGAACAUCAAGUGCAACACCACAGGUCCCGAAGGACGCCUGGAGUUCUAGACAGGUAGCAUCUUCAAAAGAUUCCGAACCGUCUGCAUCCAUAACUGCAAAGACAAAGUUCGAAACUACUUUGAAGGAACACAAAGAAAAAGUUGAAAAGAGCGACUCAGAUCAAGAAGAGGUAACGCCAGCUGAAUGUCCAGAGUCUUCAAUUUCAAAGCUCUCUGAGAUGAUGUCUACUGAAAGUAAACCAUGGGAUGUUGUCAACAAGGCAUCCCCAUGUGCACAUCUACCCACAAUCUCGAAGAAGUCAUCUUCGAACGACGCAUCAAGAGCAGCGUCCCAUGCUCAGAAAGACACCUUAAGUCUCGCAGAGGCCGCUUCUGAAAAAGGCGCAGAAUAUACUUCAUCCAUGAAUGCAAAGAAAUACAUAGUGUAUGCCCAAAAAGAAAUGGACGAAAUUGCAAGAAAACCCGAAGAGACUGAGAAGAGCGACUCAGAUCGACCAUCUGGAAGUCCAGCGUCUUUACUGCCAAAACUUUCUGAUAAGACUCACACUUCAGCUUCAUUAAGAGUAGUUGUCAACAAGGCAUCAAUUGAAGAAAAUCACCAUUCGCCACAACCGAAAAUCUCAAAGAAUUCAUCUUGGAAGGAUGUGGCUACAACUGAUAACACAUCAAGCACAGCUAAUGCUUCUUCUAAGAGCCCUCAAGCAACACAAAGUCCUCAGCAAGGACUACCAGAACUCACAGCCUAUCCCUCAAUCGAUCCUAGCGAGUUGGAGUUCAUUAUGUCUGACAACGGAAAAGAAGUUGCGCUUAGGUCGGGUUCUUGUGGUGGAGUCCUACUGAUGCGUCAUAAAGCAGACAAUACUCUCCUUGCUGUCAAGGUGCUGGUUAAAAACUUCUCUUUCUUGCAGCACGAGGUGGCAGCCAUGCAUGCGGUGAGAAACUGUCCCUUCUUCCCCAAAUUUGUAGGAGUCAUCGACUACUGCUCUUACGCCCAAGAGCUCGUAGGCGGUGUUGGCAGAAACACGGCUUACGACUUCCGCAAGGCGCUGCAGGACGAUCUCUUGAACGCGUUAGAGUGGCUACACGUCUGCCGUGAUGUCACGAAGGGACUCAAGGCUUUACACGCUGCUGGCUGGCUUCACUGCGACCUACACUGCGGCAAUGCUAUGGUGUGUCCCAAUCCACCAGGCUCUGAUGUGGCUUGGCGUGGCAAGAUCAUCGACCUGGGAAACGCCCUGCAGAUUUCGAAUCCAGGCCCAGUCACGAUCCUUGAUGAUGAGCAACAGAAGAAGCUCUACGAACUUGCCAAGCAGUGUGCCCCCGAGAUUCUGGAAGGCAGAGACACAUUCACCGAGAAAUCCGACAUCUACAGUCUCGGCAAUCUCUUCGUGGAUGUAGCCAGUGACGCAAACAUCCCCCACGGUCUCCGUCUGCUAGGCGAGUUCUGCAUGAGACGAAUUCCUGAUGCUCGCCCAACACUGGAUGCCAUCUCGGGGAAACUAGACGAUUUCAUCUCGGAGAUGAUGCAGGCUGAGCAGCAGCCUUCCAGCCCGUCUCCCAUUGCUCCUUCCUCAUCCUCUCCUUCUCCUAAUCUUCGUUGCCAUCUCAUCGCGGAAAUGGUGCAGGCUGAGCAGCAGCCUUCUAGCCCGUCUCCUAUUCCUCCUUCCCCAUCCUCUCCUUCUCCUAAAAUGCGUUGCCGUCUUUGUUAGUUUAUCAAAUCCAAAAUCGCACAGA